AUGGACGAAAACCAUUCAAGUCAGCUUUCUAUUUUUGAACCCCCUCCAAUUGACACGACAAUCCAAACAAGAGAAUGGGUGGAGUUUAACCCCAUAAAUCAAAUUUCGGAGUAUUCUGCUUUGGAAUUCAACAUACCGCCACUCUCUACCGGUUACAUGGAUCUAAAAAACAGUCGCAUGAAAAUUAAAUUGAGAAUACUAGAUCGCAUGAAUAUCCCCGUUACAGAAGGGGAUUCAGUUGGACUAACUAACUUACCUUUGCACACCAUUUUCUCUCAAGUAGACACAAGUCUACAGCAGACGCCUGUGUCUCAAUUGGGAACAAACUAUCCUUACAAAGCCUACAUUGAUACCUUACUCACGACUUCUGGUGAUAAUAAUGCAGUGCGCCAGUCUGAACUUUUUUUCAAAGACAUUUCUGAUCCGGAUGAUGCUGACGCAAUUAAAGGUAUUAACAUUGGUUUGUAUAAGAGGUAUCAAUUCACCAAAGGAGGAAACAUAUUAGACCUGGAAGGACCCCUACAUGUAGACCUCUUUCAACAAGAUCGACUUAUUUUAAAUGGAGUAGCACUGCAUCUAAAACUGUGGCCUAGUAAGGAUCCCUUUAGAUUAAUGACAACCACUGAGACAGAUUACAAAGUUCAGAUAGUCGAUGCUAGUUUUAAAUUAUGUAUCCAGAGACCGAAUCCUGCUCUGACCAUGGCUCAUGUCAAGAUGCUAGAAAAAUCUCCAGCCAUAUACCCGUACUUAUUUUCUAAUCUAAAAAUAGCUUCCAUCGCCAAAGGAGAAUUCAGUUUUACCAUGGACGACGUAUUUCAAGGAGAAGUCCCCUCCACCCUCAUUCUAGGAUUGGUAUCAAGCAGCGCAUUCAGUGGAGAUUAUAAGAAAUCACCUUUUAACUUUCAGUCCUUUGAUUGCAAUUUUGUGGCCUUCUAUGUCGACGGACAGUCGUUUCCGACCAGACCUCUUCAGCCUAACUACCAGUCUCAUACUUACUUGGAAGCUUACCAAACCCUAGUUUCGGGUAGAGAAAACGUUUAUGUAGAACGGGAAGAAUAUCCUAAAGGGAAUGCAUUGUACGUCUUAGACAUCAACCCCUACAUAGAUUUUAACACAAGAAGAAAAGGACAUUGUCGCUUGGAAUUGAAAUUUGCAUUUCCAUUACCGGAAAGCGCAACAUUAGUCUUGUACGGAAAAUUUCCACAAAUUCUUCACAUAGACCAGUCUCGAAGCAUUAUUUUCAAAUGA